AUGCACAAGUCUCAUGUCAUGCACAAUGCCAAAGGCGGUGUCGAUCCAAGAGAUCGCCGUGGAAGCAGCAACAGCUCCUUCGAACAGACAUUCGCGCCAUCCGGGACUGACAACAGCAUGAUCGGAAAUGAGAAUAAUGACGAGAAGAAGAGGAAACGUACAGAUAGGAGAAGGUGUUAUCUGACGAGAGAGAAGAGUGGUCCCAGAGAAACCGCAUGCCCGGGCAAUAGGAUCGAGUCGUCGACAGCCACGUCCCUCGCAUGCGGAUUGGAAAGCCAUCCUCGUGCUGGAGAGGAGAGGCACAUCAUGCCCACCAUCGUAUCUCCCGUCGACCGCCAAUCUCGUCAAUGUCAAGAUCAUGCCGGAAGCACUGCCAUGUCCAUCCGCAGGUAG